GGGCGAGAGGUCCCUAAACACACGCACACACAUACACACACAUGCACACACACAGAGCUGAAUUUACAUGUCAGUUAUAAUGCAAAGCUGGGUACAGGCCGACAAGAAAAGCAGGAAGACCCACCCCCUCCACAACAGUUAGCAGACCCUCCUGGCCGUGGUGAUAGUGUGAGCUUUGCAUUUGCUGCUGGUUCAUUCAAGGCCAUACACAUACACAGAUGCACACACAUGUCUGCCUGCUCGGUUUUUCCAGGACUGGAUAGAUGACUCUGCACAGGCCUUGCUAGAGAUGGAUGCUUAGUUUGACCUGGCAAUGAAGCCACUGACUGUACUCUUCUGGGGUCAUGACUUGUGUCUUCUCCUCACUUCUGUGUAACUUGGCCAACCUGGACUUCAGCCCCACCUCCCGCUCACCUAUGCCUGCAGGACCAUGGGUAGUGUCAGUAGCCUCAUCAACGGCAACAGCCUCAACAGCAAACACUGCAAGGCGUCUGAGCACAGGUUAAAAAAGGGAACAAGCCAUCACAGAAAGAGUGGAGGUUGCAGCCUCGACGGGUUACUGAAGUGCAGCUUCACUCAGGGCUCCUCGUCCACCACUUAUCCCUCUAAAGGUCUCACCCACUCCCGCUCAGGGCGAAGUGAAGAUUUUUUUUACAUCAAGGUGAGCCAUAAACCAAGGACAGUGUACCACAGAAGAGGAUCCAUGGAGGACAGGGGAAACAGAGAUGGGGAAUCAGAUGGGCGAAUGCAACCAAAGCUGCUGCUCAUGUCAGGGAAAAUGACAGAGAGGACCUCUGCUGAGAAGUCAUUGGUCCGUUCCACUGCCUUCAAGCCUGUGAUUCCCAGGAGUACGUCCUCCACAGAGACAGGCCAUGGCAGCCUGGACCACAUCCUUUGUCCUCUGGAGAAAGCACGGAGUCCAGACAUUAGACACAAGCAAGACACCUUUUCAGGGACUCUCUCAGACUCUGGACGUAACUCUAUGUCUAGCCUGCCCACCCACAGCACCAGCGGCAGCCUAAGUGCUUCCACAGGCCCUGUCAGUCACAAUGAUGGCAGCUCAGCUCCUGCAAACAGCCUCAGCAAGGGAGUACAACCCAAUUUGCCUUCAUGGGUCAACGGGAAUAGCACUAACCUUGACUGUAGCUACAGGGCUGUUUUAAACAGCAGCGGGCUGGCAUCUAAGGCUAACGGGGAUGCUGGCUCCCCACUUUCUGCAGAUGAGCCGAGCACUCUCUCUGAAACUGCAGGUGGGAUUCGGUCCCCCAUUACUACAGAUGAGUCACUGAUUGAACGUUUGGAACAAAGGCUGCUGGAGAGAGAGACUGAACUGCAGGAGCUACAGGUGAGUUUUGAGGAGAAAGAAGCAGACACCUGCCAGCUGUUUGAGGAGAGACAAAAGUACUGUGUUGAGGAAAUGGAAGGGCUGAGGCAACGAUGCUCCACAAAGCUACGACAAGUGUCCCAAAUGGCUGCAAAAACCCAGCAAGCACUCCAGCUACAAGUCAGCCAGCUCAAGGCAGAAAAGGAGAGGCUUCAGGAGGACGUCUCAAAAUUAACCAGAGAGAAGGAUCUUGUCGAGCUCAGACUGAGGUCAUACGAGAGUGAGAGCACACAGUUGGCUCCGACGCUCGAGGAAACUCAAUGGGAGGUGUGCCAGAAGACAGGAGAGAUCUCACUGUUGAAGCAGCAACUGAGAGACAGCCAGGCAGACGUCAACCACAAGCUAAACGAGAUAGUCAGCCUCAGGGCAUCACUGAAGGAAAAUACAGCAAAGAUGGAGAUGCUUGAAAAACAGAAUAAAGACCAUGAGGACAAACUCCACUCUCGCACUGUAGAGGCUGAGGUUUGCCAAAAUGAACUCCAGCGCAAGAAGAAUGAGGCUGAUUUGCUGAGAGAGAAAGUGGGCAAACUGGAGAAAGACAUUCAGGGAAUGAAACGGGAUCUGGCCAGGGCCAAAGAGCAGAGGCUGCAACACAGUUUGCAACUUGAGGCCAGUGCCCAGACUCAGGCCUUGGAAAGACUAAUCCAAGGCUCAGACUCCCCGGUCCAGAGCCAGAGGGAGGAGAACAGGGAACAAAUCUCCACAGAAUCACUCCAGAAGGAAGUAGAGAGACUGAAGCAGCAGCUCAGGGAGGAGAAGGAUGCUCAAGAAAGGCUGGCCAACAGCUUUGAGCAGGAGAGGCAGACAUGGAACAAGGAGAAAGACAGGGUCAUCAAGUACCAGAAGCAGCUCCAGAUCAACUACCUGCAGAUGCACAAGAAGAACCAGGACCUGGAGAGGAUCCUGAAGGAGCUGACCGCUGAACUGGAAAGCCGCACAGAGCUCGGCAUGGACAUCGCCUACAGCUCAGGGUUACAAACAUAUGACGACGUUAUUGCCACAGAGAUUUGAUGGAAGCAUUCGCUCACAUGCUUUCGACAAAAGUGAUGCUGUCACUUGACUGUUUUUUGGCCACAGAUAUUUAUGUGUCUCAAUGGCACAUGCAACAAUCACAACAACUGGAGCUCAUUCACUUCUCAUUAGUGUUUCACCAGGGUUAUUUAAUAGAAAAUGCAUAAUAUAGUGUAUUUUUGUGUCCAAUGCACAAAAAACUGCAAACUUAGUUUCUUGUGAUGACACUGUUAUUUAAAAGUAAAUAUAAAUUAUUUAAUGGUCAAUUUAAUUUUUUAUUUUUUUUUUUACCAUGUUGUCCCAACAAGAUCACUUGUCAUUCAAAUCAUUUAAACACCAUUUAUUAGUUGUGAAUUGAUAGAGACCAGACAAUAGCUGACUCAUCUGUUUCAUAAUUAAGGUCUGACACACAAUAAGCAUGACUGUGGUUGAGCAUCUGUCCCUUCAGUCCCUCCAGAAAAUGACAGUGAUAUAUUAUCUACUGUGAGUCUUGGUUCCUAAAGCUUAAUUCACUCAGCCUUGUGUGUCCGUGUCACUGUAUGCUCACACACUGUCCAUUCUCAAGGGGUUUGUGCAUGGAAAAUAGUUUUCAAAGUCAUGUCAAAACAAUACACAUCUGACUAUGUACUAUAGCUGCACCACUGUGAGACCACUACAAGGACAUGUUAAAAUCACACUGAUCUGUCAUGUAUUUUCAAUUCAACAAUCAAAAUAGUGCAAUUAAUAUAUUUUUAUUAGAUCGUCUGUAUGUUUUUGUCAUUCUCUGGAUCUUGUAAAAACUUCCUGUUAACAAGAACAUUUCAGUGAGUAGUAAAUUCAUCGUAUGAGGUUUUGCCACUUCAGGUCUCUAUUCAGGUGCCAUGUAAGAUCCUAAUAUCACACAUACAAUAACCAUCACUCCACUGAACAUAUAUUUAUGUAUGAAGUAAUUAUUUUCUAUGAAUACUAACUUCUGAAAUGGGUUCACUGUGUUUUAGACAGAUUGUGGUCUUAUAUAAUCUUGUUGUUCAAAUUAGUUUAUGGCUCCUUUUACAAACAUAAGCAGGGAUUAAAACUUUGGAUCAGUGGACAGUGAGUGCUUUGUUUAAUAUUUCUGAACUAUGCAGAGACUGGAACGUUAAUUAUACUAUCAAUAUGUUGUGUUAAUUUCUGAUAGAGAAAUGCACACAGUACAGUACAGUAAGAGAACACCUCUGACAGAUACCAAGGACAAAUGCAAAUUUUAGGCUUCAGUUUGUGGUGUGUGUGUGUGUGUUUAGAGAGAGAGAUUAAAGGGGGCUGGAUAGUAUACAAUAACAGCAAAUAUUUAAGAGAAAAACAAAGGAAAAAAGGUGAUCUCCCAGUAAUGUCUGUCUCUCUCCCUACCAUGUUCAUCCAACUUCGUGAGAGUUCCUGGCACUGUUCCACUUGGAGAUAAACAAUCCUUCCUAGCAUCGGCCCUGGCCGUUUGGCUCCACUGUUUUGGAGCUAUUCCACUUCCCACAAGGACAAAGUAGUUUGUGAAGCAAAAGUUUAACUACUCCACCCACUCAAUACUCAGGGGCUCACAUAUACUGUCAGGCACAAGUAUAUGCACAUAGUGUGCUGGUGUGGCAAUCUCUGUAAUGAGGCUGCUUGAGAAGGCUAAACUACCCACCAUUACAUUACAUUACCACAGCAGGUCAGGAGACAUUUGGAGGCAGACAGACUAAGUGGAACUCGAAGGUGAGAUGCUGUAACCAGUGGCACUCAGACUGUGAGUACCACUGGUGACUGAUAAGUGUUUCACAGCCCUUACUCUGAGCCUCAGCGAAUAAAAGUGGCCAAAUAGGGAAGAAGCAAAAGGACGAUUGAUACUGCUGCUAUGCUACUGGUAAAUACAUUUCUUGGAAUUCAAUAAACACAAUCAAACGGAGAGACACUUGCUCACCUUGGGCAAAAAGCCUCCAGUGAAUUAGUCUGUGGGCUGAGACAGAACUGGAAAUAAAUACCAAGGAAAAAAGGCAGGGUGCAAAUACACAGGUGAUUUGAAAAGCAGUAAAUGUUUGUCAUUUGUGCAUCGCUGUUCUGUCUAACACUUUUGCUCAUUUGCUGUGCUGUGCUGUGAAAUUCUGUUUACCUAAAAAAGGUAACAGCAAACACACUUACUCGUGGAGGUUCUUUUUGCCAAAAGAAGAUGAAGAAGUAAGCAGAUUUGUGUAUGUUUAAACAUCAACAAACAUAUUAUUGGACUAAUCUGCAUUAUGUUUGCUUCUCAUGAUCACUAAAACUGCAAAUCAUGUUGAAAGAUAUAUGGGUGAAUACUUUUGAUAAAGUAAACUAUAACACAAUAGACACUGCAGCUAUACAUCUACAAGGCAUCAGAUGUACAAAAAAAGGUUUGUCAAACUCUUGUUACUAUUUAUUACACAACCUCACAGGCAACUGCUGGAUUUAGGCUCAGAAAUAAAUAUGAAUGUUGUUGUUAUAUAUUCAAAGCUGUCUUCGACUGCACUCUUUGUCAGUUCCUCAUUAUCAUUCUCAAUUCCUCUUGGACUUAAAUAAUGAGAAGAUUGUUUUCUUCUCCCGUCUAAUCAUCUAAUUUCAGCCUUUUGAUAGUGUUUCCUUCCUCACACAGCAGCUCUUUCCAGCUCAGCUUCUGUCAUAACUAAGCUGAUUGGGCCAAAUCAAAACUGAAAUCAAAUUAAGGCCCAUUGUCAGUGUGUGUGGCUCCGUCACUGACAUGAAAGGAGGACCACACAGACGAGAUAACAAGAAAUUCAAAGUCGCUGGUUUGACAUGAAAGAAAAUAACAGAGCUGGGUGGGUGGGUGCGUGGGUGGGGGUGAUUUCUUCCUCAGAAUAACCCUAUAAGAGGCAUCACCUACACAUAUGCAGCUCUGUACAAUAAACAUAGAUCCUUGCUGCAGUGUUUUGCUGUGCUUUAUGCAGUGCGGAUACAGCCAUUUCUAAUGUGCUUUAACAGCAGAAUAGUUGGAAAAAUGUGUUUUAAUGUAUUAAAUUCUAGCUUUCAAUAUUUAUCUCUUUCAUAAAAUCUACCAUUGUCAAUUGGGGCGUGUAGUACCAGAAAGGUUUUUUUGGCAAGAUUAUGAUGUACUAUCUCUUUUUACAGACUCAGCUGAACACACAGAGUUGUGGUCCAGCAGAUGUCUCAGUGUGAUUGGACAGCAGUUAGGCAGCCGUAAGAAGACACUGGGUGAUAAUUUAGCCCUGCCCUGCAGUGACAUGAUAAUAACACACUCAUAUCCUGCUGUGAUUCUCCUGAUCGGCUGACAGUCAAGCACAAAAGGGCCUGAAUUCAUUAGUAAUGGGGAAGUGCACUUGCAAACCUCAUGUUCAACGUACAAAAAAGGGAUCUCUGGUUAUAUAUUCAUAGCAAACAAAUGUAGUAAAUUCACAAUUUGAAAUGUGGUAGAAAUAAAUAAUUGCUCUCCUAUGAAAUGGGAGUUUGUGCUUCAUUUCAUGGCUCGACCCUCACCUCUAACAUUAUAAUAAAUAUUCCAUACUGGUAAAUAAUAGAUGAGUCAAUAACAGUGUAUCAGUUCCUACCUUGCCCUCAUUACUCAUUACACACUCACAUACUCAAAUGUGCUAUAUCCCGGCCAUACCCCUAAGCAAUUAGUUGCUCUAAAAUAUCAGGGGGCUAGUUAUUCAGGCAUGUAUUUCAUAUUUUGUAUUGGUUUAUUCAGAGCCUUGCAUGCAGACCAAGCUCCAGCAAACACAGCCUCAGCAAAUCCCCAAGCUCCUCCACAGUCAGCAAAGUAAUUGGGGAGGGAGUCCCAAAGGGUCCUUGCACACUGCUGAACCUUUGCUGCCGACAAGUUGAAAUGGCAGUGAAGGUAGAUAGGAGUUGGUGCUUGUGUGUUGAGUGGGUGUUUGUGUGUGUGUGGAAGAUAUAAGUACAGGAGGUGGCCUGAGUACUUUGUGUGAAUAGGCCCGCAGUCUUUAUAGAUUCACUGGUUGGCUGGGAAACCAUCUGGUUCCCCAACCCCCCAGCUGCAUUGCCCAUGGUUCCCCAUUUCUAUGGGGAUGUCAAAUUCUGCUCAUGGGGGUGCUGCAGUGAUGCCAAUUUAAGCCCCCACAGCUCAAAAUUAGUUAAUUAACUCUAUCUCUCACACUGAGAGAAACCUCCUUUUUAAGCAACUCUACCAUUCAUCACAAUCCAACUCUUUU